CACGUAUUCGGUCUGGGGCACUUUUCCCAACUCCAGCACUAUCUGCCCUACCUCUGCUCUGUUGUGGGCCCGGCCUGGAAAGAUCUUUAUGCUCCUCGUCUCUCUGGCUGAGAGACCCCUGCAGUGCCCAAACACUGCCAGCAGCAUCUGAAGCUCCACUGACUGGACUGGUGACCGCCGUAUAACUAGGAGACUGUUAGGAUGGGAAAUUCAGGGAAGGAGAUCUUAAGGAAAAGUGCCAAGUGCUCCACUGUAACACAGCCUGACCUCAACGUAAUCUAGAAAAAAACUCCACUUUCAACUCUUAGGAUAUCAACCGCUAUCCUUGGUGUCUCCAAGUGGUUUGCUUCUCUCUACCUUGGACUCAGCUGACACCGAAUUCCCCACCCCCACGAUGACCACUUCUCCUCAACCUAUUCUUGAAAUGGACUCUUCGAGCCCGUUCAGUAGGAAGCAGCUACCGAAGACAAUGACCUUCACCUCUUUUCACGAAAGAUUUCUCCUGCCUAGUGAUUGAAUGGGGAAAUGACACGGACACAAACAAUGCCCUAAAAGCUUAAAAAAAAAAUUAAGGGUUGUUUUUCUAGUACCUUGUGAGGCCCCUCGGAGUUUGAGUACCUCCUGGAGUCUCCUCCCCUUAUCUUGAGAUACCAUAAAACUCCCUCCCCCCAAUCCUGGACCAUAAAACUUUCUUGCCUCCCUCAUUCUGAAUCAUAAAAGGUUCCCCAGUCUUUCUUAUCCUGGGUCCCCUAUCCUGUCGUCCAUCUUCCUCAUCCUGUGUCAUGACAAUUGCCCCUUAUCUUGCAAGAUAAAACACGUCCCUGUCCCUCUGUAAGUUGCUAGUCCUCCUUCCAGGGCUAGCCUGCUGCUUUGUAACCCACUGGUUACAGAGAAGGUCUAAGUGAAUUAUUUCACACCUGAACCAGCUUUCCCAACUCUAACCUCAACAGUCAGACUACCUGAAAGUUAUGAUCUAAAAAAGAAUCUGGAUACAAUAUUACAAGAAAACUAUUAAGGAAAAUUACCCUGGAAUUCUAGAAUAAAAGAGUAAAGUAGAAAUAGAAAAAAUCUACUGUUCACUAUCUGAAAGAAAUCUAGGAGUAAAACUUACAGGAAUAUCAUAGCCAAGUUUCAAAACUCCCAGGUUAAGGAAAAAAUACUGCAAGCAACAACAACAAAACAUUUAAAUACUGUAGAAAUACAGCCAAGAUCUCACAAGACCUAGCAGCCUCUACUCUAAGAGACUAUAGGUCUUCAAACAUAUUUCAAAGAGCAAAAGAACUGGGGUUGCACCCAAGAAUAACUUAUCCAUUAAAGUUGAGUAUAAUCCUGAAUGAAAAAAAAAUGAAUAUUGACAAACUGAAAGACUUUCAGAUAUUUGCAACAAAAAGACCAAAACUCAAUGGAAAUUUCAAUAUAAAAGAUCCAGAAGAAAUAUAAGGAAAAUAUUAAAGACUAUUAUUCUAUAUGUGAAAAUGUCAUAAGUAUUCUCAAAGCUGUCAUUAUUGCUAAGGUAGUUUGAAAGAAAGUUUGGGGCUGAGUUCUGCAUGACGGGGUGAUUCUAAAAAACAAAACUGGGCAGGAAAAGGUAAAAGGGAGCAAUUAUAAAAAAAUAGGGUGUGAAAUGAAGAACUAACAGAGGAAGCAGCUGGGGGUGGAGGGCUGGUAAUACUGGAAUCUUACUCUCAUCUGAGUUGGAAAGGAAACAAAGUGUACAAGUGGAAGGGUGUAGAAGUCUUCUGAAUAUGUAAAGAGGAAUGGAGCUCUGCUGCUUUAUGACCUUGUGCAUCCUUACAUGUAUAGUGUCAUUAAGUCAGACUGGGAAAGGGACCUGCUCAUGGAUUGAGGUGGAAGGUUAGUGGUGCCAGAAAGAAAACUGAGAGACCAUGUGUUUGGUUCUGAGAGACUCUAGAGACUCUUUUUGUUUCCUCCUUCCAGCUGGAUGCCCCUGGCAAUGGCAAUGCCCCAUGCAUAUGCCCCCACCUAGCAUAAAGGAUGUGACACUGGAAAUGGUGACAACCACUCUACCCACUCACCAGGCAUACCUUCAGAUACUGGGUCAAGUUUAACUAUGCCACAGUCUCCAGACAAAAUGGGUCGCUACCGGGUACGCGUGGCCACUGGGAGCUUCGCCUUUUCGGGGUCCAACAACCAAGUGCGGCUGUGGCUUGUCGGGCUGCGGGCAGAGGCGGAACUUGGGCUGAGGCUGCGGCUAUCUCGGGGACAGAUGGAGGAUUUUGAAGUUGAUGUCUCAGAAGACCUGGGUCCCCUCCUGUUUGUGAAGCUUCGUAAAACCCACCUUCUGCUGAAGGAUGCCUGGUUCUGCAACCACAUAACUGUUUGGGUAUUUCAGGAGAGCACGGAGGAGAAGGAGAUAAUGUUCCCCUGCUACCGCUGGGUACAAGGGGAUGGCAUUAUCUGCCUGCCUGAGGCCACUGCUUGGAUGAUGAGAAAUGAAGUCCAGGGCCUAUUUCAGAAACAUGGAGAAGAAGAGCUGGAGGAGAGAAGGACACUCUAUCGCUGGGCCACCUGGAAGGAAGGGCUACCUUUGUCAGUGGCUGCAGCAUCAGAGAAAGACCUGCCUCUGGAUGUGAGAUUCCAUGAGGGGAAGAAGAUUGACUUUGAGGGGACACUGGCUGCAGGAAUGAUGGAUAUUGCCCUUAAACGUCUGUACACCCUCCUGAACUCCUGGAAGAGCUUGGAAGAUUUUGACCAAAUCUUCUGGGGCAGCAAGAGUGCCCUGGCCAAGAGGGUGCACCAGUCCUGGAAGGAGGAUGAUUUUUUUGGCUACCAGUUCCUCAAUGGUGUCAACCCCACACUGCUGAGAAGGUCCACCUCACUCCCCACUCGACUCGUGAUCCCCCCAGAAUUAGAGGGUCUUCAGGUCCAGCUGGAAAGAAAGCUCCAGGAGGGUUGUCUGUUUGAAGCUGACUUUUCCCUGCUGGCUGGAGUCCAGGCCAAUGUGAUCCAGGGAGAGAGGCAACAUCUGGCUGCCCCCCUGGUCAUGUUAAAGAUGGAGCCUGAUGGGAAGCUGCUGCCCAUGGCCAUCCAGCUCCAGCCUCCCUGCUCUGGCUCUCCAGACCCACCACUCUUCCUGCCCUCAGAUCCCUCCCUCACUUGGCUCCUGGCCAAGGCCUGGGUCAGAAAUUCUGACUUCCAGCUGCAUGAGCUGCAAGCACAUCUGCUGAAGACCCAUUUGGUGGCUGAGGUGUUUGCUGUAGCCACCAUGAGGUGCCUCCCAGGGAUGCACCCCAUCUUCAAGCUCCUGAUACCUCACCUCCGCUACACACUAGAGAUUAACACUCGUGCCCGAACCAAGCUCAUCUCUGAUGGGGGAAUUUUUGAUCAGGUGGUGAACACUGGUGGAGGAGGUCACCUGGAUGUCCUCCGAAGGGCAACAGCUUGUCUGACCUAUAGAUCCCUCUGCCCUCCUUAUGACCUGGCUGACCGAGGGCUUCUGGGGAUUCCGUCAGCUCUCUAUGCUCAUGAUGCCCUGCGGCUCUGGGACAUUAUCUCCCGAUACGUGCAAGGAAUAGUCCAUCUCUAUUAUUCGGAAGACAAGGUUGUACAGAGUGACCCUGAGCUACAGGCUUGGUGCCAAGAGAUCACUGAGAUUGGGCUGUGUGGGGCCCAGGAACGAGGGUUUCCUGUCUCUUUCCAGUCCCGUGCUGAGCUUUGCCACUUUGUUACCAUGUGCAUCUUCACAUGCACAGCCCAACACUCAGGCAUUAAUCAAGGACAGCUAGAUUGGUAUGCCUGGGUCCCUAAUGCUCCAUGCACUAUGAGAAAGCCACCCCCAACCACAAAGGAUGUAACAUUAGAGAUGGUGAUGGCCACACUACCCAAUGUCCAUCAGGCCUGUCUCCAGAUGACUAUUGCAUGGCACCUGGGUCGGUUCCAGCCAGACAUGGUACCCCUGGGUCAUCACAAGGAGGAAUACUUCGCAGGACCUGGGCACAAGGCUGUGCUGAACCGUUUCCAGGAAGAUUUAAAUACUCUAGAAAGGGAGAUUGUGGCUCGUAACAAAGGCCUGGACCUGCCCUAUUACUACCUUCAGCCAAGCAGGAUAGAGAACAGUAUUACCAUCUAAGCCCAACAUCUGGCUGACCACCACUCUGAUUGGGUUGGAAAAGCCCCCCUUUUACAAAAAUAAGGUACAAAAGUCACAAACUUGAGGCUCUAUCCCCACAUCUGACCUACCUCA